AUGGCGGACGUUGAAAUGGCCGAUGCUACUGCACCGUCUGAUGCGAAGAGCAAAACCCCUGUCAAAGCCUCGAAAUCGGGACCCACUGAGGGCGGUGACACCAAGAAGAGAUUUGAAGUCAAGAAGUGGAAUGCGGUGGCCCUGUGGGCUUGGGACAUUGUCGUCGACAACUGCGCCAUCUGCAGAAACCACAUCAUGGAUCUUUGCAUCGAAUGCCAGGCAAAUCAGGGCGCGGCUACGACGGAGGAAUGUACGGUCGCAUGGGGAAUCUGCAACCACGCCUUUCACUUCCACUGCAUCUCCCGCUGGCUUAAAACGCGACAGGUGUGCCCGCUGGACAACCGAGACUGGGAAUUCCAGAAGUACGGCCGAUAA